AUGGGAGCUCCGAGGUUCCCAGUCAGCACCCCCAGCUUCAGAAUUCUCGAGUAUACGAAUUCACAGUGUUAUAAAGUCCCACGCAAACAGCCAUUCAACAGGCCCGCCGUCAUGCAAUACGUGGUGUAUACUUUACCACGCUAUUACUAUGUUCAGCAGCAAUGGAACGAAGUUGGCCUCGAAACCAAGAACCUGUUCAUCCAGCAAAGUGAAGCCUUUACAGAAUCUCUAUUAAAAAUUAUCUUCCAGCAGCUGUGCUCAGCAGAAAACAAAUUUUAG